ACACUUUAAAUGCAAUUCUCCCCUCUAUUUCUCUCUCCACAUUCACUCCUUCCUCGUUACACCAAACACGAAACUUACACCUCCUUCCCCCUCUAUAAAUCCCAAACAUAACCCCCACUUCCUAUUUACUCCUACCUCUUAUAUCCUGCACAAAACACAUACACACCCUCUCUCUCUCUCUCUUUACAUAUAUAUAUAUAUAUAUAUAUAUAUAUAUCAGCAACCACCAUGGCCCACCCAUUGACGCCUGUAUCACCGCCGUUGAAAGACGAGCUGGACAUUGUGAUACCGACGAUCAGGAACCUUGAUUUUCUGGAGAUGUGGAGGCCUUUCUUGCAGCCGUACCACUUGAUCAUAGUCCAGGACGGAGAUCCGACUAAGAAGAUCCGAGUGCCUGACGGGUACGACUACGAGCUCUACAACCGCAAUGAUAUCAAUCGGAUCCUCGGACAAAAGGCCAACUGCAUCUCCUUUAAGGACUCCGCUUGUCGCUGCUUCGGCUUCUUGGUCUCUAAGAAGAAAUAUAUCUUCACCAUUGACGACGACUGCUUUGUGGCCAAAGAUCCAAGUGGGAAAGAGAUAAAUGCAUUGGCACAGCAUAUACAGAACCUGCUAACACCUUCAACACCCUUCUUCUUCAACACACUGUAUGAUCCCUUCAGGGAAGGUGUUGACUUUGUUCGCGGCUAUCCAUUCAGCAUGAGGGAAGGAGUGUCCACUGCCAUCUCUCAUGGCCUCUGGCUCAACAUCCCGGACUACGACGCCCCAACUCAGCUUGUCAAGCCUCGCGAACGCAACACUAGCUCAAACAGGUACGUGGACGCUGUAAUGACAAUCCCAAAAGGCACCCUCUUCCCAAUGUGUGGGAUGAACCUAGCAUUCGACAGGGAAAUGAUAGGUCCUGCCAUGUAUUUCGGGCUCAUGGGUGAUGGACAGCCUGUUGGCAGAUACGACGAUAUGUGGGCUGGCUGGUGUGCCAAGGUGAUCUGUGACCAUUUGAGUCUUGGAGUGAAGACUGGGCUGCCAUACAUUUGGCACAGCAAGGCUAGCAACCCCUUCGUUAAUUUGAAGAAGGAAUACAAGGGCAUUUACUGGCAAGAAGAGAUCAUCCCUUUCUUCCAAGGGCUUUCGCUCCCAAAAGAAUGCACAACAGUGCAGAAAUGCUACAUUGAGCUCUCCAAGCAUGUCAAGGACAAGCUUGGCUCGGUUGAUCCUUACUUUCAGAAGCUUGGGGAUGCUAUGGUUACCUGGAUCAAAGCUUGGGAUGAACUCAAUCCACCGGAAAAAGCAGCACCUGUGGACGAGCCUAAGAAAGAUGGCCCCUCUCCAAAAACGAAGUAGAAUAACAACAUUCUAUCUUCUUUCCAUUGUUGUACUCUGGUGUCAUUCUCCGGUUCGUUAUCUCUCUCCUCGAACCAUGUUUCGUACUUUAAUUUUAGCUUGUCCUUCUAUGUCCCUUUUGUGCCUCUACUAUCUGGUUGUAUUAGGUAAUGGCCAUUGCUUCCCUCAUAAAGAAGACCUGAAGCUUUUUCAGGAUUGAACAAUUAAUUACAAGUGUUACCAGAAUGAUUUUUCAAAUUAUUCAAUAAACAAAUCUUUUUUCCCGAUAAA